AUGAACACAUCUCAAAUGGAGCGCGUUGAUUCGCUCUGGUUCAACGAUGGAAACAUCAUCAUUGAAGCCCAUGGAGUCCUUUUCCGCGUCUACCGAGGUCUCUUGGAAGCACGAUCUCCCGUUUUUGCGGACUUGCUUGCAUUUCCUCAGCCUGAUGACUCUGAAACUAUCGACGGAUGCCAAGUAAUGCACUUGGAGGACUCUGCUGCCGACAUGCUUUACUUUCUCAAGGCACUUUUCGAUUACGAAUUCUUUGCACCUUAUCCAGCAAAGACUGACUUCGACUCAAUUCAUGGUAUACUGAGGCUGGGCACGAAAUAUCGUGUCGAGCCACUUCGUCGACGCGCUCUCCAACACCUAGCGUCGGCCCAUCCUACAUCGCUUGCUGCCUGGGACAGUCUUUGUUCUAUCCCUUCUAACUCCACUUCGUCCUUCGCGCCACCGGCCUAUGCUGGACCUUCGUUUGACUUUUCAAAUCUUGAGUUGCCUAUCAUCACUCUUGCUCGAGCGGCCCAUGCGAAUUGGAUUCUGCCGACUGCAUUUUUCAGAGCCUUGGCAACGUUGUCUAGCGCAGACAUUCUGGACGGUAUCGAUUAUACUAGUGUGCAUGUUGAGCUUGAACGAGCCGACAAGGUACUCUUACUCGAAGCAGGUUCUACCUGUCUCGGUGAGCCUAUAGCAGACAUACUGGGCUUCCUCUGGAGUCCGACUGUAAUACCUGGCUGUGAGAACGCAAAUUCUGGCGGACCAGCGUCGAAUGGGAUUACCAACGCUUGCACCUCAAGCCGGCUUAUGAUGCGUGUGGCAGCCGAACGAUGGCGGUCUGAAGCUCUUGCGUUGUUGCCGAUAUGUGUGUCUAUUGCAACCCCAAAGGGAUUCGCAACGGUGGGUGACGAAAAUGGUGAUGCCGAGCUCUCCGAUGGGAUGAAGAGCGAAACACUCCAUACGGAAGGCAGCAGAGUUGGUCAAUCAGACGAAGAUCAGGAAGGUCGGGCUAUCUGGAGUGAAGAGGAUUUUUCGCGCCUCUCAGUUUGUGGCCCCUGUCUUGCGCAUAUGAAGACAGACUGGGCCGCUCGGCGAGCUCGAUUUUGGGAACGCUUGCCAAGCUUGUUCGGACUGGAAACUUGGGAAGAGUUGGAGCGCCAAAGAUUUGAACAAGCUGGAUGGUAG